AUGGCCGUCGCAAUCACCACCGAACAACUCGGCAGACCAUCGGGUCUCAUUUCCCCAGCUUACAAGUCCAAUGGAUUGGUAUUCGCUUCUGGCCAUGUGGGUAUGGAUUAUUCCACCAACAGUCUCAAGGAAACCGUCGAGGAACAAACCGUCCAGGCCAUUGAAAACUUGAAGAAAACCGUGGAAGCCGCGGGAUCAUCAUUAUCCAAGGUCAUCAAGAUCUCCCUCUUCAUUAGUGACGGAGCAGACAGUGCCAAAGUCAAUGCCAUUUACAAACAAUACUUCCCUAACAAACCAGCCAGAUAUUGCGUGGUGGUCCAAUUCCCAAAUAAAAAAAUCAAGGUCGAAAUGGAUUGCGUCGCCGAAUACAGUCAAAGUCACUUGUGA